AGUAUUCUGCGGCAAGAGAGCGAAUGGAGGGAGGUAGGCGGCCCAUCAAGCACUACUGUACCACGCCUAUCACAUCCCAUCAGCUCCAGCAUCAUAAUCGGAGCACAACCAAUUCCGUCGUCUCCACCAUGUGAGCCCAUUCCCAGAUCAGCCAACAUGGCUCCUCGUUCCCCCUUCCCCCUCGUCCCAUCACGGCCGCUCUUAUUUCGCACUUCAACCACACUGGCUCUCGCUUGUUCUUUCCGACCCACAGCAUUUUCUCCUCUAACACGAGCACGAGCACGCGAGUCGCAGCCAUGUCGCCCGACACCCACCAGAGCCUCGCGACCAUGACAGCAGCACCUCACAACGCAGACAGCGCCACGUCCGCGUCGUUGCCCGCCAUGACCGCAUCUCUCGCUCCACCAGGCACCGUUGCCUCCGCGUCGCUGCACGGGAGCGCCCCGGCGGCGUCGCUGCCGGACCACAUUCUGCUGCGGUGCCUCGCCGCCGUGCCCUUCCCGCUCUACCGCUCGCUCCAGGCCGUUUGCGCCGCGUGGCGCGACCUCGCCGACCCGCGCACGCUGCACAAGAUCCGCUGCGCGGAGGGUCUGAGCGCGCUGUGGCGCGUCGACCUGGAGAACGAGUACCGCGAGGGCGCCUUCCAGGGGCUCGGCGGCAAGGCCCGCCGCCACGACUCGCGCGCGCAGCCGCCUCGCGGCCUGGCGCGGCAGCGCAGCAGCAGCAGCAACGACGUGAACCGGAUCGACGUGGGCAGCUGCUGCCACGCGGACACUCGGCCGUGCGGCCGCUGCAGGACGAGCGACGACGCCAGCGACGUGCGCGUGAAGCCGCUCGACGGGCCUCUCCGCCUGCAGUACGGCGCCGUCGGCAUACCAGGUGAGCCCGUGCUGGUGGUGCUGGGCGGGCGGUCGCCCUUCCCCGUGUUCUGCCGGGAGGUGGUGCGCGCGUACGACCAGGUGGACGCCUACAACGCCGUCACCGACCACUGGCACGCCCUCGCGCCCAUGCCCACCGCCCGAUUCGCGUCUGGCGCCGCGGCCUUCGUGCACCCCGCCACUCGGGAGGCCUACGUGGCAGUAGCGGGUGGCUAUGCGUCCAAUGGGGAGGCGCUAUCAGAUGCUGAACUGUACCACGUCAGCAGCAACACGUGGUUGACCCUGCCGCCGCUCAAGCAUGCCAGUGGGGCGUGCAGGGCAGUGGUGCACGGCACGCGCUUCAUCGUGGCGCAGCGCAGCGGCGGCCCCUCGGAGUCCCUCGACCUCGCUGCCCUGCUCUCGUGCUUACCGCCCACCACUCCCUCGCUCUCCACCUCCUCACUCUCCGCUCACGCCGUGGCUGACAGCGUGGUGUGGCAGCAGGAGACAGCUGAGACCAGGGACAGGCUGGUUGUUCCGCCUAGUCAGCAGGAGCAUCUGGGAACGACGGCUGGAGCGAUUGAUUCACAGGAUGGGAACACUGGUUGGGACUCGGUAUUUAUGUGGCUGUAGAGGCAGACCGUAAACCCCCGAAAAGUACACCAUGGGGCAGGCCUGAGCUUUCAUAAUUUUUUGUUAGCGUACAUAUUUACAUGUACUGGCAGACUAGAGAGUACAACACACAUAUAGGUAGGAACCCUGUCCUGCGUGCGCAUGAUCAUAUCAAAUUGAAAAUUGAAUGUAUGAUAGAGUGAGA